GCAAACAUCGAUGCCAGUUUUGAUGACAUUUUCUCCAUCUCGUUUAUAACUCGUUGGUUAAAUUUUGUUUCGUUUAAGUACAAAUAGUUUAUCAAAUCCUUUUGCUGAUUAACGGCACAAGCCGUGCUUAGAUAUUAGCGGUGUUUCCUUUUGUUACUUUCUUAUCCUUUUGCGGACAUCGUGGAAGCACUCAUGGAUCAAGAAAUAAGUAGCAGCGACGACGCCGGAAACUCUCGCGAUGCAACCGAAAUUGCAGGCGACUUGGCCCCGGAUGCUGAGACAUCGGGGGCUCCCGAGCCAGACUCUACCUGUUCGGAGUCAGUGUUGAAUGUGCGUACUCAGAGCCAAUCGCCAUCAGCAGGCGAGCCAAAUGAAGAGGGAUAUGGCGGGGCUGGAGGCGAUGCGCGUGUCUCGCGCUCCAGGAGCCGCAGUCACAAUAGCGAGAAGGCGCGAUCCCGAAGCGGAUCCCAUCACAGUCGCUCUCGCUCGCGGUCCAGGUCACGCAGCGGAUCUGCGCACUCCGCAGCCAGUGGAUCCCGACGCUCGCGCAGUGGCUCUGCGCGUUCUCGAAGUGGCUCUCGACACUCCAAUGCAUCGCGGCGCUCGCGUAGACGCUCCCGCAGUGGGUCUAAUCGUUCCCGCAGCGGAUCUGGAUCUAGGCGUUCUCGCAGCGGCUCCAGACGCUCCCGCAGCGGAUCUGGAUCUGUGCGAUCUCGCAGCGGCUCCAGACGCUCUCGCAGCGGUUCCAGACGUUCUCGCAGCGGCUCCAGGCGCUCCCGCAGUGGGUCCAAUCGUUCUCGAAGCGGAUCUGGGUCUAGGCGCUCUCGCAGCGGCUCCAGACGUUCACGUAGCGGCUCCAGGCGCUCUCGCAGCGGCUCUAGGCGUUCCCGUAGUGGAUCCAAUCGUUCUCGCAGCGGAUCUGGAUCUAGGCGUUCUCGCAGCGGCUCCAGGCGCUCACGUAGCGGCUCUAGACGAUCUCGUAGCGGUUCUAGGCGCUCCCGUAGCGGGUCGGCGCGUUCCCGCAGUGGUUCUGGCUCCAGACGAUCUCGUAGUGGUUCGAGACGAUCCCGCAGUGGCUCUCGUCGCUCUCGCAGCGGCUCCCGUCGCUCUCGCAGCGGCUCCAAACGCUCGCGUAGCGGAUCAGCGCGUUCACGAAGCGGCUCCAGGCGCUCCAGAAGUCGAUCCAACAGUGCUGGCUCGCGGCGUCGCAAGGACUCGCGCGAUAAUCGCUCACGCUCGGGCAGUGCGGAUUCCAAGGAGGGGGGUGUCCUCGCCAGACGCAAACGUUUGGCCAUCAGUGACUCGGAAGACGAAGGACCGAAGAUGCAGAAGAAGCGUGUCAAAAUUACGGACACGGAUAACGAGGAAGAGGAGGAUCGGGAAAAGUCCCCAAAUAAGGCAGUGGAGAGUUCUGAUGAUGAGAACACGCCGGUUUCAAACGAACCAGACAAUAGCAACUUUAUUUCGGACUUUGAUAAAAUGAUGCUGCUGAAGAAGGAGGAGAAGCGCGUGCGUCGCCGCCGCAAGGGUGAUAUUGAUCUGAUCAACGAUAUGGACGAUCUGAUUGAUCAGCUUAUUGUGAACAUGAAGAACGCCUCGGAUGAUGACCGGCAGCUGAACGUGAUGGGAAAGCCGGCCACCAAAAAGAUAGCCAUGCUCAAGCAAGUAAUGUCGCAGCUGAUCAAGAGGGAUCUGCAGAAUGCCUUUUUGGAGCACAACGUACUCGAUGUCCUAACCGACUGGCUAGCGCCGCUGCCAAAUAAAAGUCUGCCCUGUCUUCAAAUACGCGAAAGUAUUCUCAAACUCCUGUCAGAUUUUCCAACCAUUCAAAAGGAAUUGCUGAAACAGUCGGGCAUCGGGAAGGCUGUUAUGUACUUAUACAAACAUCCACAGGAGACCAAACAGAAUCGUGAUCGUGCCGGCCGCUUGAUUUCCGAAUGGGCACGGCCCAUAUUCAACCUCAGUUGCAAUUUCUCGGCGAUGAGCAAGGAGGAGCGGCAGGAGCGCGAUUUGGCGCAGAUGUCGCGCCAUCGCCACAAGAGCCCCGAGCCACAGCCAGCCUCAACCAGUAAUGCCCAAUCCCUGAAUCAGACCCUAUCCGGCGAAGAGAAGCCGCUUAGACCAGGCGAUCCUGGCUGGGUGGCACGCGCUCGUGUUCCUAUGCCAUCCAACAAGGACUACGUCAUCCGCCCCAAGUCAACCGUCGAGGGUGAAGUCUCCAAGGCAACGAAGCGCAAGCCAAACCGCUAUGAGAAGCACAUGAAACGUUUCCUCGACUCGAAGCGCCUGAAGGAGAGUCGCCGUGCCGUGGAGAUAUCCAUUGAGGGUCGCAAGAUGGCACUGUAAGCAGCAAGCAUCCUAGCUAACUUUAAUUAAGACACUAUCCAUUAUCCAAAAGAACACCAUAGAACAAAAUCAAUAAAUUAUAUUUUUUGAUUAUAAUUCAA